AGAAAGAAAAGGGUUAAAAAUGUAGAAAAUCAAUAAUAUGGAGGCUAUAUGUGUGAUAAAUUAAAUAUUAAAUUUGUGAAAGACUUGUUUAUUUGCCUCCCUCUUAUUUCUCUUCUUUCUCAGAGAAGAUGGAAAAAGAAACAUUGAACUUCGAUUUGAUCUGAAAUUGAUUCAAUCUCAAUCGAUUGAUCGAUCCAUCAAUAAGAAAUGGUGAGGAAAAAGGUGCCGGAGUGGUUGAAUAGCACCAUGUGGUCUGCACAUCCUCCGCCGUCGUCUUUCAACGACGACGAUGGUCUCCUCCUCCAUUCCCCCGCCACCAAAAUGAAGGAGGAGGAAGAGUCGGAAUCGAUUUCCUUCGCUUCCAGGCUCAAUUUUGCUCUUCCCGUUCCAUCACCGUCUCCUAGACAGAGGAACAACGAUAGCAAUAUCAUCUCCGGCGUUGUUCCGUCCGGCGAGGACUUCUCCCGCCAAGCUCAUCUCUCAGCGGAGUUAUCGAAAAAGAUGAUCAAUAUGAAGGAGUUGAGGAGUCUCGCUUUGCAAAGUUUACCUGAUUCUACUGGAAUCCGUUCUACUGUUUGGAAGCUUUUGCUUGGAUACUUGCCACCUGAACGUUCACUCUGGUCAAGUGAACUGAAACAAAAGAGAUCACAGUACAAACACUAUAAGGAUGAGCUUCUCACCAGUCCUUCAGAAAUCACAUGGAGAUUGGUGAGGUCAAAGGGAUUUGAUAAUUAUGAGUUGAAGACUGGAAGCCGAUGCAUGCUUUCUCGAUCCAGGAUUACUGACGAGGACCAUCCUUUGAGCCUACGCAAGGCCAGCAUCUGGAAUACAUACUUCCAGGAUACUGAGACAAUCGAACAAAUAGAUAAAGAUGUCAAGCGUACACAUCCAGACAUACCAUUUUUCUCUGCUGGAUCAUCCUUUGCACGUUCUAACCAGGAGUCUAUGAAGAAUAUAUUGCUUGUGUUUGCCAAGUUAAAUCAAGGCAUCAGAUAUGUUCAAGGGAUGAACCAAAUUUUGGCACCUAUCUUUUAAAUUUUACGUAACGAUCCUGAUGAGGAUAGUUCAUCCCAUGCUGAAGCUGAUGCGUUCUUCUGCUUUGUUGAACUGUUGAGUGGAUUUAGAGACUUCUACUGUCAACAACUUGACAAUAGUGUGGUUGGAAUCCGGUCUGCAAUAACAAGGCUCUCGCAACUUGUUAGGAAGCAUGAUGAGGAACUUUGGCGUCAUUUAGAGAUCACCACCAAAGUAAACCCACAGUUCUAUGCAUUUAGGUGGAUCACUCUCCUCCUUACACAAGAGUUUAGCUUCUUUGACUCUCUUCACAUAUGGGAUCCACUCUUAAGCGACCCCGAAGGUCCUCUGGAAAGCUUACUGGGGAUAUGUUGUGCGAUGCUGGUACUGGUGAGGAAGAGGUUGAUCGCUGGAGAUUUCACAUCGAAUAUGAAAUUACUUCAACAUUAUCCAACUACCAACAUCAGCCAUCUCUUGUCUGUAGCUAAUAAACUUCGCUCCAAAUUGUUAAUUUAAAAGUCUUUUCUUUUGAUUUAACCAUCUUUAGUUUACAUAUAUACCUUCUCUGUUUGUUUAUUACACGGCCCGUUUGCUUUCGAUCUUUAAAGCGCAAAUAUGUUUCUUUGUUA